GCAUUCCAUAAAGCAUUCUCAUUUCAUUUACACAGAGAGCGAUGGAGAGAAUGGACUACAUUGGCGAGGUUGAUCACCCGAAGAAGAAGCCACAGCCGCUUGACCAUCACCAUCACCGGUUUGCAGUGACGGCGGCACAAAUCCUGUUCUCGGUCUCGAUCUUCUGGGCGGUGUUCUUCCUCUACUCCCCCGAGUUCUAUAUCCGGCUCAAGCUCUGCUUCGCGGCCUACACUGUCGAGUCCCUGAGCUACAACAGCAACAAGAACUACAUGUUCCUGCUCUGCAACGGCAUCCUCGUCGUCCUCGUCAAGAACUCCGGCCUCAUCAAUAGCUCCUACUCCUCCUCCUCCUCUCUUCCCCAGUCCCAUGCCCAUCCGUCGGCGAAGCCGGUCGGUGAGGAGAAUGCUGCCGGGUCAUUGCCAGAGAUGGAUACAAGGAAUGUUGCCGCUGUAGCAGGGUUGGGAAUCCAAGAACAAGGCGAUGCAGAGGCUUCGGUCGAGAUCGAGAUUCGAGAGGGCGAUGAAGUGGAACGAGAUGGAAAUUCAGGCGAAACCGAGGCCGAGAUAUUUGUGACUAAUAAUGACGAGGAGGAUAUUGAGGAAGAAGAGGAGGAGGACGAGAUGAGCAGGGAGGAGCUGAACAGGAAGUGUGAGGAUUUCAUCAAGAAAAUGAGAGGGGAAAUUUAUUUUGAAUUUAAUUAGAUAAUAAAACCAAAAAAAUAAUAAUAAUAAUAAUAAUAAUAAUAAGUAUUCCCUCCUUUCUUUGUCGUCGUUAAUUUUUCCUAAUUCUUCUUAACACGAGGAGUUCUCAACCCAUUGGCUGAGAACUCGGCCUAGCUACGAGUUGCUUCCACGAUAUUCGACCCUAUGGAGGAUAACUUUCAAGUCUUACUGAUGUCUGUUUAAUAUUCUCUGGAGAUGUUCAGUAGAGACUCCUCUGUUUUUUGUCUUCCCCCGCAUAGGCAGUUUGUAUUUGUUACUGCAAUGUAACUUCUAGGAUAUUUUUCCCGAAUUAAAAUCAAUAAAUAAUAUUGUUCUGACUUACUUUCGUGAA